AUGUAAAACAGUGAUAUGAAGUGAAAAAUAUUUGUAUUAGUGUUCUAAACUUUUAAACUAGUGUUCAAAUCAAGCGUGUAGUUCAUCUGACACACACUUUCCUAAUGUCUGUGAGCCAGUGGGAUUAGGUUCCAUUCAGACUGUGUGUGUGUGUGUGUGUGUGUGUUUGCUGCCGGCUAACACACUUUCAGAGUGAAUGAACUGCGAGGAAGAGUGAACCUCCAAUAGCUUUCAUGUUGCUAUAAAUCAAGGAGAAGAAGCAGAACCGAAACAAAUGGGCUCUUUCCACCGUAAUGAAGAGGAGGAUGAAACAGAAAUGGAAUCUGAGUCUCUGAUUCAGAAAUUCAACGAGACAGAGACAACCGUGAUUGCACAUGCAGAGGCCGAGCAGCGUCAAGAAUUCUGUCCAUCGAGCGUCAAACAUGGCCUACUCCAAACCCAAAGUGUGACCCCUCUCCUUAGAGCAAAUCCUAAAACACUCACGGAAGGGGCAAGGAGGCAAAACGUGUUCUCUAAAUUUGGGCGGCCGCUUCGGAGAACUAGUGCAAGAAAGAAAUCUGUAAAGAUGGAAGAAGAGAGGCAGGCCCUCACUGAUAAAUCUAACAGCAGUGUAGCGACUCUCAGCUUGCGGAUGUUUGAAGUGAGCUGCUGCUCUGAUAUUUACACCAGCGCUGGAGGAUCUCAGUUCUCACAGCUCAGUUUUCACCCUGAAUCUGAGUACAUUUAUGCUGAAAGCAUCAAAGGUUCCAUUUCCUGUUCCAGUGUAUCAGGCGACUGGGAUUCGCUUUGCCUUUAUACAGAGGUUGAUGAAAAAGCUUGCAGCGGACCGCAAGACCUCAGAUCUGAGACUGCAAAAAUGGACAGCAGCAUAGAAGCCUUGUUCGGGUCAGAUUCUUCCUGCGAAAGUGAGUCCGGUGACUGUGACUCAGAUUCAAGCUGCCAUAAUGCAGACUGGGAACAGAGCUUUGACUCAGACAGCUUUGAUUCUUGCAACAGCUCUGCUGAGGCACAGUGGGGUUCUGCCUCAUUGUGUUCAGGCUCAGCUGCCUCUGGUUAUAUCACUGACUAUGAUUUGGAAUCCUCAUUCUCCACCACAGAACAACAUGGUAGCUCUGCUUCUGGCAGCAAUUUUGAGGCAGGGCACUGUAACUCUCAAACUGACCAUUUUGAGGCAGGACUCUGUGAUUCUCCUCUUGGCCAUUUUGAUGCAGGGCACUGUGACUCUCUAACUGGCCAUUUUGAGGCAGUUCACUGUGAAUUGCCAGAAGUCCAUUUUGAGGCAAAGCAUUGUGACUCCCCAAUUGGCCAUAUUAAAGCAGGGCUUUGUGACUCUCCAAUUGGCCAUAUUGAGGCAGGAUAUUGUGACUCUCCAAUUGGCCAUAUUGAGGCAGGGCAUUGUGACUCUCCAAUUGGCCAAAUUGAGGCAGGACAUUGUGACUCUCCAACUGGCCAUUAUGAUGUGGGGCACUGUGAUCCUCAAAUUGGCCAUUUUGAGGCAGGACACUGUGACUCAUCAGAUGUCCAUUUUGAGGCAGGACACUGUGACUCAUCAGAUGUCCAUUUUGAGGCAGGACACUGUGACUCAUCAGAUGUCCAUUUUGAGGCAGGACACUGUGACUCCCGAGUUUGCCAUUUUGAGGCAGGACACUGUGACUCCCGAGUUUGCCAUUUUGAGGCAGGACACUGUGACUCAUCAGAUGUCCAUUUUGAGGCAGGACACUGUGACUCCCCAGUUUGCCAUUUUGAGGCAGGACACUGUGACUCCACAGUUUGCCAUUUUGAGGCAGGACACUGUGACUCCCCAGUUUGCCAUUUUAAGGCAGGACAUUGUGACUCUCCACUUGGCUAUUUUGAUGAGGAUGCAUGUGACCUGUACAAUGCUUUUCCUCAGAGUAGCGACGCAGUCUGUUACGGACAUAAAGAGCAAGACUCCCUUUUUCAUUUUAACGACUGUCCUACGCUAACAUGGAGGAAGCUACAGGGUGUCGUGACUCAUCCCGAUCGCUAUCGCAUCGCACCGUAUUUCCAUGAGAUGAUGAAAGAGACAGAACACGAUGGAAUUCACGAAAAAGUAAAAAUAAACAAAGGCUUUCUUUUCCAUCCUCAAAGGUUUUUACAGGCCAAACAUUCUGUAUAUCGGGAAGGCCGGGAAUAUUCCAUGCUUCGCCACGUACAGAAUGGAUCGUAUGGGGAUGUGUUUAGCGUUCGUGACAAACAAACUGGCUUUACAUGCGCAGCCAAAAGGAUUCCUCUAAGCAGUUUCAGCUGGGAGGAAGUAGGAACAUGGAGCAGGUUGGACUCACCGCGUGUCCUUCAGCUUUACGGGGCUGUACGUGAAGGACACAACGUCGUCCUCUUCAUGGAUCUUAAGACAGGCUCAUUGGCAGAGCUCCUAAAAACAAGAGGGCAUUUCCCUGAAGAUUUGGCUCUUUAUUACCACUGCCAGGUGCUGCAGGCUCUGGAACAUCUGCACAGCAGAAAGGUGAUUCAUUUGGAUGUUAAAGUGGACAAUGUUUUACUUUCGAAAGACAAGAAAGAGUGUUUCCUAUGUGAUUUUGGAUUAUCUGAGAUGCUGGACCAGAACGGAUACAGCACCAAGACAUUCAGAGGUAACGGUCUGCGUGGCACAGAAAGCCAUAUGUCUCCCGAGGUGGCUCGUGGUGAUCCUCGCUCAGACAAAGCGGACGUCUGGAGCAGCUGUUGUAUGUUACUGCACAUGCUUAGUGGCCAUCAGCCGUGGACGCGCUACUACACACACCCGCUCUGCCUGAAAAUUGUGAGUGAGCCGGCUCCUCUGUGGGAGAUUCCUCCGGGCUGUGACCCCUUGACCUGUGAUGUCAUCAGAGGGGGAUUGGUCAAGGAGCCGAGAGAGAGGGACUCGGCCAAGGAGCUUCUGGAGAAAAGCAGCAGAGCCCUGCGAGCAGUAGGAGGCCUCUUUGAUCCUGUACAAUCAGCAACGCGGAAUCUGCCCCAUCACCAGAUCUGCCCACACAACGUUCUCCCCGAACCACCAGCGGUGUCUAAUUCAGCAGAGCUCUCUGUUCCCAGAAUUCACUGGGUGAGCAGAUGGAGAGAUCGAGCAGCCGAGGAGGACGGGACGGAUUCUGAAGACACGUACGAGGACAACGACGGAGAGUUGGACGGGAUGGAAAGAUGGGUGCAGAAGUGGGGAUUGAGAAACGAAUACACGCUCUCUGAAGAUGAGAAGGACCCAGACGGAGAGAACAAUUGCUCGUCUGAAGACCGAUGGAGAGCAAGGGCAGCUGUAGGGAUGAGGAAGGAAGAGGAAGAAGAGAGCGAUGAAGAGGUGGAGAGCGAUUUGGGGAGUUUGAGAGAGCUGGGCAGCGAGGGCGAGUGGGAGCCGUUUCACCACCUGCAGAUCCUCUGCGGUUCUGAGAGGCAACAUCGUGAGGAUGAGUGGUCAGCUACCGAUGAGGAGGAGGAGGAGGAGUGUGUACCCUCUGCAGUGACAAGUUUAAACUUGAGUGAGAGAAACUCCAGGUUAACUCUGGCCUGCCACCGUAGCAUCUGCGCUUCAGAGGCGGAGUUUACUGACAAGGGCUCGGAUUGGUCGGAUGACUUGAGCUCCGGUGUGUUCUCCUCUUAUAGCAGCCUUACAGACGAGCAGAGCUUCAAUGUGGAUUGGUCUGUCUCCACCAAUCAGCCGCCUUCGUGCAUCUUUGAAGGCCUCGGGGUGGAUAUCUGGGUGGAGGAUGUGAGUGGAGACACUUUUAGGAUCAGAGAGAGAUUAAGGGUAAAGCUGGGUCAUGUCGCCGUCGGUAUAAGCGCACAGAUCUCCAUGAGAGCGUUCAGUUUAUCCACGCUAGAUGGGAACCUUGUCUCUCCUGACACCGAGGUUCUGGAGUCACGCAUGUGGCUGCUGUGUGUCCCUGCUCCAGACUACAGCACCUGUUGGACCUGGAGGAUCCGAGACGGCAAAAUGGAGACUCGAGAGGCUGACGGACUGCAAUCGGACACCUGUUCCACUCUGGCAGCCUGAAAACCACGGACACUACAUUCCCUUUCUUUGCUUAUUUUUUUUCCCCCAAACUGGCGAACGAGUGCUCAAUGCUAAUUCAAAUCAUUGUCUGGAUAAUUUGUCCCAAUUUUUUUUCCAGAGCAAACAUAUACCACAGACUUAGUACAGCUACUGCGCCUCUUAAAGGAGAGGAAUUAUAAAUUUUUAGCACCCUCUGGUGCUUGGGAGAUAAAAGUCCUUUCAGCUUUAUGCUUUUCUUUAAAGGAAUUUUCAUUUUUAAGGAGAAAGAGGUGGAAUUAAGCAGCUGUAUUAUCGAGUGUAGACUUUUUCUGACUAUGAAUCUGUCUGUAUCACGAAACUCAAUAACUACAAAAAUAAUCAGAAAUGCCUGGCAUUGUGAAGCCAAUGCUUUUCCAAAUGCUUUGUUAAACGUUAUUGGAAGUUUUAAAGCCAAAGUCAUAGUAAAGACAUAAUGUGCAGAAUCACUAGGCUUAAGAUGGACUAUAACUGCUUCAUGGGAUCAGCAAGAAACAGUCAGGAACUAAAUAUCCUGAGCCUUAAUCUUGCUAUCAGUGAAUGAAUGACUUGAUCCCUAACUAGCCAAAGAUUUCUGGCCUAACACGAAAAA